AUGCCGCCAAGUUGGACGAAUCAACCGGCAAGUCAAACAGGAACCAAAAGCUCUGUAGAGAGUCCUAGUUUGUCGGAACAACAGCCGGUAAGCGGCGGCAUGCAGGGACAGGCUGCAAACUCGACAGGUGAGUCAAAAGCGAACGCGCCGGUUGAUGCAAGCCAACAGCCUCAUCAAUUUGUGCUUCCAUCGCUGUCAGGCCUUGAUGCUGGCACCCGCGCAGAAUAUGGUUCUGAGCCGCAGCGACUGCCCUCCUUACAAGGAGCACAGCCACAAAGCAUAAGCAGUGGAGGGUCAAAAGGCUUUUCCGUCGCCAGCUUGAACAACCCCUUACCCGCGCAGCAGCAAAUGCUGCAUAGCCAGCAGCAGCAGCAGCUACUACAACAAGGAGUGCUGCCAUUAGAACACGUUCAAGAUCCUUCUUAUCGGCCGCUUAACUUCAAAGAUGCGCUCUCCUAUCUGGAACAAGUCAAGUUUCAAUUUAAUAACCGGCCCGACGUGUACAACCACUUCCUAGACAUCAUGAAGGACUAUAAGUCGCAGGCGAUUGAUACACUUGGUGUUAUCGAGCGUAUAUCAACUCUUUUCAAGGGCUAUCCAAUUUUAAUACAGGGCCUUAACACUUUUUUGCCCCAGGGCUAUAAAAUCGAGUGCACAUUAAACCCGAACGACCCUCACUCUAUAAAGGUUACCACACCGUUCGAUAAUGCCCGCGAGUUAAAUUUGGCAACUAUGGCAACCGGUAAUGGAAUCGUUGAGGGACAUCCUUCCCUUAUGCCCUCUGAUGAUGUAUCACCUCCCAAACUCGUGGGCCAUGAACCAGCAGCAGUGCAACCAAAGCUUGAGAACGCGCCAACUAAUCUUCCUGUUCCGACAACAUUUAAUCAGAAUCUACCUCAGCAUGAACAACAAAACCAGCAGCAUGGAUCCCAAAGCCCUGCAAUGCCACAACAACAGCGACAAGACCAACAGUUCAUGGGAAACAGGCCGAGCGGAGACGUUGAAUUCAGUCAUGCCAUCAGUUACGUCAACAAAAUAAAAACACGUUUCGCAGAUCAGCCUGAGAUAUACAAACAUUUCUUGGAAAUAUUGCAAACGUAUCAAAGAGAGCAAAAGCCCAUCCAUGAGGUUUAUGCACAAGUUACUUCUUUGUUUCAAAACGCUCCUGACUUACUAGAUGACUUUAAAAAGUUCCUUCCUGAUGCUACCGCGGCUCAUGAGCAGCAGCAGCUGUUGCUACAGCAGCAACAGCAGCAGCAGCAGCAACUUCAGCAGCAACAGAUACAACAACAUCAAAGUCAUUACCAGAAUGCAUCCCAAGACCUUGACCAGCGGCAACAGCAUACGCAUCAACCUUUCGGAAAUACUGUACCUUUUUAUCAGACUCAGCAAGGCCGCCCUCAAAACCUGCCUCCUCUUGGUAGUUUUUCGCCCCCAAUCAAUGGUCGUGAGAACGAUCCUCAGUUGAACCUCCCAGCAGUUCAACCACCUGCUAUGGAAUUCGCUUCUCAACAAGUGCCGCACCAUCCAAGUCACGUGGUUCCACAGGUAAUCCCAGGGGGCACUCUACCACUCUCAGACUUGCGCGGUGCUAUGGAUGGUAAUUUUGCACCUCAGCCUCUACAGUCCCAAGAUGUCCAAUUCAUUGAGCCCACUUCAAGGCCUGAAAUCGACUUGGAUCCCAGCCUUGUUCCUGUCAUCCCAGAACCCAUAAAACCCCUUGAGAACGAUUUAACUUUGAUCGAAGAAACAUCUUUUUUUGAUAGAGCUAAAAAAUAUAUGGGCAACAAACAAGUUUACACAGAGUUUCUGAAAAUUUUAAACUUGUUUUCACAAGAUCUGAUAGGAACCGAAGAACUUGUAGACAAAGUCGAGCAUUACUUAGGAGGUAGCCCUGAACUUUUUGACUGGUUCAAAAGUUUUGUCAACUACGUGGAAAAACCAAAACAUAUUGAAAAUGUGAUUCACGAAAAGCAUCGCCUGGACUUGGAUUUAUGCGAGGCCUGCUUUCCAAGCUACAAAAAGUUACCGAAGGCAGACACAUUCAUGCCGUGCUCGGGGCGAGAUGAGAUGUGUUGGGAAGUACUCAAUGAUGAAUGGGUUGGUCACCCUGUUUGGGCUUCGGAAGAUUCUGGAUUCAUUGCACAUCGUAAGAAUCAGUACGAAGAAACGCUUUUCAAGAUCGAGGAAGAAAGACACGAGUACGACUACUAUAUUGAGGCCAACCUGAGAACUAUUCAGCUUUUGGAAACGAUUGCUAACAAAAUCUCUAACAUGACUCCCGAAGAAAAACAAGCAUUUAAGCUGCCACCUGGCCUAGGUCAUACUUCCAUGACAAUUUACAAAAAAGUUAUUAGAAAGGUUUAUGACAAGGACAGAGGAUUCGAAAUAAUCGAUGCGCUUCACGAGAACCCUGCUGUGUCUGUUCCUAUUAUAUUGAAGAGAUUGAAGCAAAAGGACGAAGAAUGGAGAAGAGCUCAGAGGGAAUGGAAUAAAGUAUGGAGGGAACUAGAGCAGAAGGUUUUUUACAAAUCCCUUGACCAUUUGGGUUUGACCUUUAAGCAGGCAGACAAAAAGCUUUUGACUGCGAAGCAAUUAAUCUCCGAGAUAAGCAGUAUUAAGGUAGAUCAAACUAACAAGAGAAUUUAUCCUUUCACUCCUAAGCCAAAAAGCCAGCUGGAUUACGACCUUAAGGAUAAGGGAGUGCUGUUUGACAUUCUGUGCUUAGUCAAUAACUUUAUCGACCAUAGCAGUACCUAUUCUAAUCCUGACAAGGAGAAACUGGCGGCGUUUUUUAAGGGAUUUUUAUCCGUGUUCUUCUCAAUUUCAUAUCAGGAAAUUGAGAAUUCAACUCCAGCCGAUAGCGAUGCUGUUUCUAACUCUAACCCCCGUAAACGUUUAUGGGAGAGUGAGCAACCCCUCAAGGAAUUACUGCGAUCUAAGCACAAGCACCAUAAAAAAAGAGACACUUCAGCAGAAGAUGACUCGAUAUCAGAUGAUCAAAACUCACCGGAGAAGAGUCCGCAGGAAAUCGAAGAUGAAGAGGUCAUUAGACAAGAGGCAAAAAAACCCUGGCUUCUCGGUAAUAUCCUGGACGAGGCCAAUGACCAUGGUUAUGUUUCAAACCGUAAAAUCUUUAACCUGUUUGCCAAUACAAACGUAUAUGUCUUUUUUCGUCAUUUGACAACAAUGUACCAGCGAUUAAGUGAAGUCAAAAACAUGAAUGAAGAAGUCACUAGAGAAAUUAACAGUAGAAACGUGGUACAGUUCGCGAAAGAUUUGAAUUUGGUCUCCACACAAUUAAGUGAUAUGGGCUUAGACUUUAAAGGCAAAGACGCAUAUGACCAGUUGCUCACACUCUGCAAGCGCUUGAUCAGGAACGACAUGGACCACCAAUGGUUUGAGGAAAGCCUUCGCCAAGCCUACAAAAACAAAGCGUUUAAAAUUUACACUGUUGACAAGGUCAUUCAAUCGCUAGUGAAGCACGCUCACUCUAUCAUAACAGACGCAAAAUCUGCAGAGAUCAUGAUUCUUUUCGAGAAAGACAGGCGGUGCACGGCAACGAGUACCAAGGAGCAAAUUUUGUAUCGUCUUCAGGUUAGGUCAUAUAUGGGGCUAACCGAGAAUAUGUUCCGGGUUGAAAUCAACAAAGAUUCAUGUCAUGUUUGUAUCCAAUAUGUUGCAAUCGAUGAUCUCACACUAAAGGAGCCAGAGUCAUUGAAGGACCGCUGGCACUAUUACCUCACCUCAUAUGCCCUGUCGCAUCCGACUGAAGGGAUCCCUCACGAAGAAAUAAAAGUCCCCUUCUUGGAGAAAACUUUGCAAGACGAUGAGGAGGCUGAUGAAGGUUCUGAAGAGCGCUCGCCGAGCGGCCAUUCUUUGUCUAACUUACGAAUCCAAGUUAAUCCUGAGAGUUACGAGUUGCAGAUUGAACCUGGAUCGAAGGAUAUAUUCACGAGGUUUGCCGUGAACAGGUUUCUAAACAGCUCGGAGAAUAAUUCUAAUACCGAUCUGAAGGAGGAAAAGCGAAAGACUUUGAUGUCUCAAUUAGACGGUUCAAGAGGGUGGAAAAAGGGAAUGAGCCAAGAGUUGGUCGACAAAACGUUAACUGCCUUGAACUAUGUUAGAUUACAUGGAAAGCACGAAAGUCUCAAUAAAAAUCCGGCUCUGGUUCAAGGAACUAGAGAUCCGCGACAUGAAAGCUCGGUAGCCAAAGAAGCUAGUAGCCUUGAAUCUCAUGCUGAUGACACUGAACUUAAAGCAGGCGAGACGACAGCGGAGGACAUUCAGGGUAAUGAGUAG